CUGGGCCGCUGCCCACCCGGCUGAUAGGGCCUGUGCGAGAGCCCGCCCCCUUCCACCCUCAUAAAAGCACCCCUAGGGCCUGGCCUGGGUCAGUGUCAAGGCCACUGCAGCAUCAUGGCGGACCGCUCCCUGCACCUGGCGGCUCUAAUCCUCCUCGGGGCGGCUGUGUGUGCGGCUCAGCCCCGCGGCAGGAUCCUGGGCGGCAAAGAGGCCAUGUCCCACUCGCGGCCCUACAUGGCAUCCGUGCAAGUGAACGGCAAGCACGUGUGCGGAGGCUUCCUGGUGGCCGACCAGUGGGUGAUGAGCGCAGCGCACUGCCUGGAGGAUGUGGCCGACGGGAAGGUGCAGGUGCUCCUGGGCGCGCACUCCCUGUCACAGCCGGAGCCCUCCAAGCGCCUGUACGACGUGCUACGCGCAGUGCCCCACCCAGACAGCCGGCCGGACACCAUCGACCACGACCUCCUCCUGCUGCAGCUCUCUGAGAAGGCCGUGCUGGGCCCCUACGUGCAGCCCCUGCCCUGGCAGCGCGAGGACCGCGACGUGGCGGCCGGCACGCUCUGCGACGUGGCCGGCUGGGGCGUGGUCAACCACGCUGGCCGGCGGCCAGACCGCCUGCACCACCUACUCCUGCCGGUGCUCGACCGCGCCACCUGCAACCUGCGCAAGUACCAUGACGGCACCAUCACCGAGAGCAUGAUGUGCGCGGAGAGCAGACACCGGGACAGCUGCAAGGGUGACUCUGGAGGCCCGCUGGUGUGCGGCGGCGUGGCCGAGGGCGUGGUCACCUCGGGCUCACGUGUUUGUGGCAACCACAAGAAGCCCGGCAUCUACACGCGCGUGGCGAGCUACGUGGCCUGGAUCGACGGAGUGAUGGCUGAGGGCUCAGCUGCCUGAGGAGGACCUGAGGGGCGGCGGUCACGGGGGCCCGAGCAAUAAAGUCAUCCACUCCUGCA